CAAAUUGGGUAAGUUCACAACGUCAGCGGAAAUUGCGUGCAGCAGCACUGUCCCGACGCUGUCCGACCCGGCGUAGACUAUUUCUUCCUCGUCACCGACUACGGUGUACACGCUACAGCACUCGGUGCGCUCAUGAUUCGUGCGCUGUCUGCCCCGAGGGCGGUGGGGGCACCCUCCGGUCGGGUCGUCGUACGGGUAACACGUCGCCGGUAUGCGACGGAACCUCCCACCGCCACGCCGAAGAAAAAGAAGAGCAUCGUCCGCCGCCUGCUCUUCUACACGGCAGCAGGAACAGCGACCUUCUACGUCGGCAGCGCGUUCGUCGCGUUCAAGUACCCGCCAUACCACGAUGUCUUCGUGCAGCAGGUGCCGCUAGGUGCCGCUGUCGUGCAGUAUGGCGAAGACAACGACUGGGACACUGUGACGCUCGAGAAGGUCAUUACCCUCGGCAAGGGUGUGUACAACUACGUGCAGGGCCUCGUCACCGGGCAAGAACGAGGCGAUGUUCUCCAGCGCGCGAAGGAUGCUAUGGGCAAGACGAAGGAGACGGUUGUGCACAGUGUCGAAGCGUCCACGGAGGCCAUCCAGGAUGCAGUACAGAACCGAGUGCAGGAGACAAAGGACCGCGUGAAGCAGGCGGCUGAGACGAUGAAGACGAGCGUGAAGAAGACCGAUGGAGGGAUGGCCGAGAAGAGUGCACGGGCAGCGAAGAUUUUCUCGGACGGUGUUGAAGACCUCGUACGCAAGGCGGAGGCUGCGCUUGCUGGUCGGGCCCCACAGCCUGGGGAUAACGAAGCAGAGACAUCACCCAAGAGCGGCAACGUAUACGGGGCACCUUUGCCUAUCGGUUUUGAGCCCCCUCCUGGCUACACGCGCCCAGCACCACCGAAGAAAGCACCAACACAGGCUACUCCGGCGAAACCUGCACCUGCACCGCUCCCCCUUGUCGCACCUGCUGUUAUGGAGUUCGGAGCGUCGGAACCCGUCAUUGCGCAGCUUGCCUCAGUCAUUGACAACCUUGCAUCCUUCCUGAACACCAAUCCAUCGGCGGCGGAGAAGGCACGAGACAUCCUUGACACCGCCAAGGUCGACUUGACGUCUCUUGCGACGCGGAUUGACCAGGUCAAGGCGGAGGAGCGAACAAAACUCGAGGCGAGACUGGACGAGCAAACGCGCGAGUACACGCUGAAGCUCCUCGAGCUUGAGAUGGAGGGACAAGACAAGCUUGACAGCCAAGAGCAGGACUUCCGCAAGUUCUUCGACGAGGAGAGGAUGAAGUUCGUGCAGGCUUACCGGGAGAAGCUGAACCGUGAGUUGCAAACCCAGAGCGAGAUCAUCAACGAACGUCUCAAGGAGGAAGUCAUUGCGCAGGGCAUUGAGUUGCAGCGCCGCUGGAUCCGCGACAUCAAGGUCCGCGUUGAACAAGAGCGUGGCGGGCGUCUCGCCAAGUUGGACGAGCUCGCGACGAACUUGAAGCGUCUCGAGCGCAUUGCCCUCGACAACUCCGCCUUCCUUGACGAGAACAUCCGCAUCCACGCACUGUGGUCCGCUCUCCGCGCGCUUACACACAACGUCGACGCACCCGUCCGCAAACCGUUCCGCGAGGAGCUGCGGGUGCUCCGGCACCUCGCCGCGGCUCGUGAAGACUCUCUGGUCUCGUCGGUACUCGAAUCGCUGGAGUCAUCAGACGUGCCUGACGUCGGUGUCGAACCAUUCGCGGACCUCGCGACUUGGUUCACUACGUCGGUUGCCCCCGCCGUGAGCAGCGUCGCGCUCGUACCUGAUCAAGACGCGGGCGUGCUCAGCCAUCUCGCAUCACAUCUCGUCUCGACGUUCACAUUCCGCCGGCAAGGACUGGUUCCUGGUGACGACGUUCUCAGCGUGCUGGCAAGAGCGGAAUACCAUCUCAACGAGAAGGAUCUCGACAGCGCUGCCCGGGAGUUGAAUCAGCUCAAGGGCCCCGCGAAGGUGCUGCUGUCUGACUGGUUGGAUGCCGCACGGAGAAGGCUGGAAGUGCUGCAGGCGCUGGAGGUUGCACAAGCACAAGCUACACUCGCUUCUCUGCUAGUAGCGCAGGACUAAAAUGUGUGCAGUUUGCUAGAUCCACUAUAAUAGACUACGUACAGGACACUGCGAUUGUCGGGGGUACAACGCGGGGGACCCAAACUGGUACGUCGUCUGUUAUGUUACUCCGCGGCGUGGCCGCGUAGGCGUCCAUAAGGGGGGUACAUGUCAGUGUAGGCGCGAAGGCAAGCAUACA